UUGUUAGAGGUCACCUCCGAACUGUCACCGCAUCAGUGUAUAAAUAUACAUGUAUUUACAGGCAGUCAGGCACACUACCAAAUUAAAAAGAAUCCACGUAUUCAGAGCUCAGAAGAGAAGCUAGGCCAGCGCCAUGGGAGAAGCUGCAGCAGUUGUCGCCGCCUCGCGCGACGGCUUCUUCGGCCUCGGCGGGUGCAAGGGUCAGGUGGAGAUCGACGGCGAGCAGGUGCCACUGGUGCUGACGCCGGGCAGCGAGGAGGUGAGCGGCCACGACCACAAGGCGCUGGUGGCGGCCCUGGUGGCCAACCGUGAGUGGGUGGAGGAAAAGGUGGUGGCCAACAGCGGCGUGCUGCUGCGCGGCUUCGGCGUGCGCGACGCCGUGGAGUUCGACGCCAUCGUCGACGCGCUCGGGUGGCCGGACAUCCGGUACGUCGGCCCCGCCCCGCGCACCCACGUCCACGGCCGCAUCUGGACCGCCAACGAAGGCCCCCUCGAGGAGUUCAUCUACUACCACCACGAGAUGGUCCUCAUCAAGGAGUUCCCGGGUAAGGUGAUCCUCUUCUGCGAGGUGCCGCCGCCGGAGGGCGGGGAGACGCCGUUCGUGCCGAGCUUCCGGGUGACGGAGCGCGCGCUGCAGGAGUUCCCGGACAUGGUGGAGGAGCUGGACGCCAGGGGGCUCCGCUACACCUUCACCGCGCUGAGCAAGGACGACACCAAGUCCAUGCGGGGGCGAGGGUGGGAGGACGCCUUCGCCACCACCGACAAGGCCGUGGCCGAGCAGAGAGCCCGUGCGCUGGGCAUGGACGUGGAGUGGCUGCCGGAGGAAGGCGGUGUGAGGACCAUCCUCGGCCCGAGGAAGCUCACGCAGGUGUUCCCGGGCCGGAAGGGCCGGCGGAUGUGGUUCAACACCGUGGUGGGGAUGCACGGCAAGGAGCUCAGCUCCGCCACGUUCGCCGACGGUUCCGAGAUACCGGCGGACUUCGUCCGGCGCUGCGGCGAGAUCAUCGAGGAGGAGAGCAUCCAGUUCCGGUGGGAGAAGGGUGACGUGCUCAUCCUCGACAACCUCGCAACGCUCCACGGCCGCCGCCCGUCGCUGCCGCCCAGGAGGGUCCUCGUCGCCACAUGCAAGUGAUGAUCUCAUUUCA